UACUCCAUGCCAAAUAUCCCAGUCAGAAUGAGCCGACCAAUCAAGACUCUCAACGUUACAACGUGCAUGUAUUUAGCCACAAGUCAUGGUGACCUUCCCUUCUUGCAUAAAUCUUCGUCAUUAGUUCAUCCUUCAGUGCAACACUCUGGAAAAUUGUACCUGGGGUUACUCUUCAACUUCAGGCACGCUGCAUCGUUCAUUGGUUAGUUUUCCGGUGGCAACACGGAUCCUUUGAUCGUCAAUAUUUAUCCCGUAUCUUAGCACUCGCUUCACCCGGAGCAAAGAAUAUAUGUUCUCUAUGUUACCUCGCGAUCUUUACAAUGUUCCUGUAUACCUCUACUUCUCUUCUUGUUGUCAUUGCUACUUUCGAUAAGAUUUCCAGUCAUUGGUGAUGUCGUUAAGAAAGUUUCUUACAGUAACCCCUCUCUUCGGUCUGGCAGCAGCUCAAAGUGAUUCAUACGUCAAUCAAACUACAUGUAAUGGAAAUACAUACACGUAUCAGGCACUAGGAGGCUAUGGAUAUAUUCCAGGUACUGCACGUGAUAAAUUCGGGGAUACAAUUGGCGGGAUUGGGAGUGCCAUUGCAAUUGAUACAAAGAGUUGGGAGAAGUUAGGGAAUGGAAGUUAUACGGGGGUUUUGUGGGCUUUGCCAGAUAGGGGAUGGAAUACAGAAGGCACUCUGAACUUCCAAAGUCGGGUUCAUAUAUUUGACAUCAUUUUUACUCCAGCGUCUAAUGCGACAGUGAAAAGUCCCUCAGGAAAUAAUUUGUGGUUCAUAUAUAAUGACACGGUUCUAUUUUCUGGCCCAGAUGGGACACCAACGACAGGGCUGGACGCCGAUGGAUCGGGUCAUUUGAGUUAUGCGGGGUUUCCCGAUUUGCCCGUGGCAACGUACACGGGUGAUGGAUUUGGAGGAAACGGGACAGGAGGGAGGAGAGUAUCAGUUGAUGCUGAGGGGCUGGUAUUGGAUGGGGCUGGAGGGUGGUGGGUUAGUGAUGAAUAUGGUCCCUACAUUUACCACUUUAACUCUACCGGCACAAUGACAUCCGCCAUACGACCACCAGAUGCAUUCAUCCCCAUGCGUAAUGGCAGCGAAUCUUUCUCCGCUGACUCUCCCUACCAUUAUCCCGAUCAAGGUUCUGGCGAUGACGUCUCACCUGCCGAUAAUCCUACUGGUAGAGAUAACAACCAUGGAUUUGAAGGUCUCAGUAUCUCUGCCGAUGGAAAAACCCUCUACACACUUCUCCAAGCAGCAAAUAAUCAAGAAGGCGGUCUGAAAUCUCAAACGGAACGCUAUUCCCGUUUUCUCUCAUAUGAUAUCUCAAACCCGGGAAACCCAUUAUAUUUGAGUGAAUAUGUGGUGCCGCUCCCUCUCUGGGUAGAUCCAACGGCUAAAGCUAGCAAAAACCCAAAAGUAGCUGCGCAGUCUGAAAUUCAUGCCUUGCCCAAUGGACAAUUCUUGGUUCUGGCUAGAGAUUCAGGGUCAGGAAAUGGACAGGAUAGCACGGAGAGUAUUUAUAGACAGAUAGAUAUUUUUGAUAUCAGCAAUGCGACGAAUGUUAAGGGGACGAAAUACGAUUGUGCUAGUUGUGCGAUUGCGAGCUCGACGGGGGUUCUGGGGAGCGGAAUUACAACGGCCAAGUAUUGCGCGUGGUUAGAUAUUAAUGAUAAUGAUGAGUUGAAGAGGUUUGGCGUACAUAAUGGUGGGAAAACGAAUAAAGGAUUGUUGAAUGAGAAGUGGGAGAGUAUAGCUAUGGUGCCUGUCGAUGGGAAGGAGGGCACGGAUGGGGAAUGGUAUAUUUUUAGUCUGAGUGAUAAUGAUUUCAUUACGCAGGAUGGGUAUCUAGAGGGAGGAAAGUUCGCGUAUAGUGAUGGGAGUGGGUAUGAUCUUGAUAAUCAGGCAUUGGUUUUCAAGGUGAAGAUUCCGGUCGGUGGGCUGACUGAGAAGUAUGGGGCUUGAAGGGGUUUAGGAAGGAGAGGAGUGAGUGGGCAGCGAAUCUUCAGCGUACGGCUUAGACCAAAUUCUAUGUCAUUGAUUUCAUGAUUUUGAAUCGGUCUAGGUGGGUUCCAAAGGAGCGAGUGUUGCCGGGUGUUGUUUGGAGUUGACUAUACGUGGAGGUGAUA